AUGCGGGACGGGGUGGAGGUGAUGGGAGGAGUGAAGAGGUGCUCGGCCGUGACCACCAGCAGCCAUCCAUCACUUCCCACUGCUCCCCGCCAGCCCUCAGCUGCCAACCCACAGCAAAUCUCUCCACAGCUGGACCCCAUCGACAAUGCUCUUCCAUUCCCACCUCCCUCGUUGCCGCCGCCGCCGCCCGAUACACCUCCCGCUUCAGCUACUGAACCAACCGCGCACGAUCGUGUGCGAAUUGAGCUCCAUCCUGUGCUUGACAGCAUGCGCUGUGAUGCCAAUGGAUACGACUUACCUCCUGGGGCUCCACCACCACCGUUGGAUGAACAUGCCAAGAACGACUGGGGCUCGUUCAAUACUCGUGUGCAAUUCAAGUUUGCUGAAUUCAUUUACAAGCGGCAAGAGAUGGCAGGUGACUCUAUCGACCAACUGGCGCAAUUCUUGGCUGCACUGUACCUACCGGAAGACCCUUUCUUCAACAACCAUCACCACCUCUAUGCAAUGAUCGAUGAAAUCCAGCAGGGCGACAUUCCCUGGCAGUCGUUCUCUGUCCAGUACACUGGCCCGUGUCCCGAGACAGGCAAAAUCCCCUCAUGGAUGACCCAAACCUACGAGGUCUGGGCCCCGAAACAUGGUUUCAAGGAUGGCAAGAGGCAGUUUACCGACUUGAUGUCAGGGAACUGGGCCUGGAGACAGGCGGCAAGUACUUCUGCUUCAUUUUAUGAUCUAAGCUAA